AUGUUCAUCAUCGGCCGGCAACCGCACGCCGGACCGGAGGGAGACUACGACGGCGAGAAGUGGCUGAAAUAUUACUGCUCCAACCACGAAAUACUUUUGGUCGGCGACGGAGAUUUCUCCUUCUCACUCAGUUUGGCCAGGUCUUUUGGCUCUGCUUCUCACAUCGUCGCUACCUCGCUCGACUCCUACUACGAUGUUGUGAGGAAGUACAAGAAAGCGAGGUCUAAUUUGAGGACUCUGAAGGAUUUAGGUGCGACUGUAUUACAUGGAGUCGAUGUGACUAAAAUGAAGCGUCAUGUCGACUUGCAUAUGCGUAAAUUUGAUCGGAUCAUCUUCAAUUUCCCCCACGCCGGUUUCCAUGGGAGGGAAGACAAUGUCUUAAUGAUUCAGAUGCAUAAGAGGCUUGUGUAUGAGUUCUUCAAGAAUGCAAGCCAAAUGCUGCGAGCCGAUGGCGAAAUCCAUGUGAAUCACAAAACAAAAGCCCCAUUCUGCGAUUGGGAUAUCGUCCAACUCGCCCUUCAGAACUCUCUGUCAUUGAUUGGAUGUGCUAAUUUCAACAUUCAGGACUACCCUGGAUAUAAAAAUAAGAGAGGGCAGGGCCAUAGAUGCGACCGUCCUUCCUAUUUGGGUGAGUGCUGUACUUUCAAAUUCAGUAUUAACCAUAGAGCCAAGAAGGCACCACGAGUAGUUCACAUGAAUGCCAUAGAAAUGCAAAGAAAUCGGCCAUUUCAGGAGAUGCCAAUCUCAAAUCACUGCCAUCCACAUCCAUAUCCAAAUUCAUUUGAAUCGAGCUACUCUCACUUCCCUACACGGAGUCAUCCAGCUCCGUUCGAGCCCGAUCGUUCUCGAGUAACUAAUUAUCCUAUCAAUGCACAUAGUUAUCAGGCACCACCACCAGUUUAUUCCCUCAAUCAAAGCUCUAGGACAUAUCAUACAAACUCACUUGAUACUGAACAAGCAUAUGCUUUUGAGGAAUACCUUGUGAAUGCAAUUGGUGCUUUGCUUAGUAGAUCUAGGACAGGAAUGCCCGAGAGGACGUCGAAUGGCGAUGUCCAUCGGACGAGCACUUUGAGGUCGGUUAUAUCGCGGAGUCGAUCUUCCAAUUGUGGUGAGGAGAGAACAGAUGCACAUACAGCACAGGGAUUGUUUCGUCACCAUUGGUAAAUAGUAAGUACUCUCUGGCUGUACCAAAAUGUAGUAUUUGAUAGGCCACCAUAUGUUGGGAUUGUGAAGCUUUUGUUAUUUUUUUGAUCAA